AUGAAGGUGACGUUUUGCACUUUGAUUACAUUGCUUUGGUGUACUGUGUGCUCAGCUCAUACUGUGCUACUUCCAGCAUAUGGAAGACGCUGUUUCUUCGAAAAAUUGAACAAACAAGACGAGUUGUCGAUUUCUUUCCAGUUCGGUGACCGAGCACUUGAUUCGACAGAGCAAUUGAAAGGUGAUUUCGCGAUCUACGGUUCUAAUAAAAAGGAACCACUCAAGACUUUGAGGGAUGUGUCUCAUGGUGACGUGAAGAUGAGUGCGCCUUAUGAUGGGAAAUUCGAAUAUUGCUUCUCCAACGAAAACUCUGGAAUUGAUACCAAAGACGUUACUUUUAAUAUUCAAGGUGUUGUGUACAUUGACUUGGACGAUCCAAAUUCCAAUACCUUGGAUGGUGCCGUUAGACAGCUAUCUAGAUUAACAAAGGGCAUCAAGAGCGAGCAAAGUUAUAUUGUCAUAAGAGAGAGAACUCACAGAAACACUGCAGAAUCAACUAACGAUCGUGUGAAGUGGUGGUCUAUUUUCCAACUAGCUGUUGUAGUGGCUAACUCUCUCUUCCAGAUUUAUUAUUUGAAGAGAUUUUUCGAAGUAACAUCCUAUGUAUGA